CACACGACAACCUGCGGUUCAUUCCAAGUUGAGACGUUGAGAGCACGGUUGAGCGCGCGCGUUGAAUUUUGAAAUCUGGGAUCGGAAACGUGACCCCCACUAGCAACACUAGCAACACUAGCACAGCAUCGGCAAUCGGUGACUUGAGACAACAACAGGAAGAGCAUAAAACACAGAUCUGACAGGAUGGGUUCUCGAUCUGCUCUGUUGUUUACGGCGAUCCUAAGCUUCGUCAUGUUGGAGGCGGUUCUCAGUCAGAGCUGUUUCACUACCGUGGGUGGAGCGGGUCAGUGCGUCCCGCCCAGUGAGUGCGCCUUCAUUCAGAAGCUCAUCGAGGUCUAUGGACGUAAUAUCCCACGACAGAUUGGCAACCAACUGCGGCAGAUGAGGUGCGAUGGGAAUACGAAUGAAGUUCAUAUUUGUUGCCGCAACGAAGCGACUCCUCAGGCCAGCAACACUCAGACGACACAGACGAAGGUGGUGCGGGCGACCAACGGUGACAUCAAUAGCUACAGCAGGCAGGGUCUCCAGUACCUGAACUCCUUUACGAACUGUGGCAACAAGGGCAACCCGAAGGUCAGCGGAGGCAUUCAGGCCAGACUGGGCGAGUUCCCCUGGAUGGCACUGCUCAAGUACAGGAGCGACUCCCAACGUCCCUUCUUCUGCGGCGGCAGCCUGAUCAGCGAUCGGCAUGUCUUGACCGCCGCCCACUGCAUCAUCCAGCAACCGGACGUAAUUGCUGUACGCCUGGGCGAACAUGACUUGAGCAAGGAAGAGGACUGCACUAUUCUGGGCGGCUUCAAGAGGAUCUGUCAGCCACCCUAUGAGGAAUACGAGGUGGACCGGGUUCACGUUCAUCCUAACUAUGUGCAUGGCCAGAUUAACUAUGACUUGGCAGUUGUCCGGCUGAAGGAGCAGGUCAGGCCCAAGAGCCACAUCCAACCCGUGUGCCUCCCCAUUGAUCAGCGCUCGCAAGAGCUGACCUUCAACCAAGAUUUCUUCAUCGCCGGCUGGGGAAAGACGGACAAGCAGGAGGUCUCCAACACGCUCCAGAAGGCCAUCGUGACGCGCCAGAGCCUGGACACGUGUCGCCAGUAUUACAACAAGGGCGAGGUGAACGACAACCACAUUUGCGCCACCGGCGAAGAUCUCCAGCAUACCUGUCCGGGCGACUCCGGCAGCCCGCUGUUCUUCAAGCACCACUUCAAGAGAACCAUCCGCUACGUCCAGUACGGCGUGGUCUCCUUCGGUGGACAGUGGUGCGGUCGGAACAACCAUCAGCCGGGAGUUUUCGCCAGCGUCAUCGACAUGUUGCCCUGGAUCACUCAGGUCCUGCAGUAGUCGGCAGUCCAUCGGUCCAGAUUACCCCCUAAACGUAACCCUAUUUAUGUCCGUACUCCUAAGAACCCUUGCCAUAGUUACUCCUAGUGGUUUUAUAAAUUAUUUUAAUAUAUGAGAUGUAAGCAGCAUUAAAAGACGUGAAGUUUGGUAUUUGGUGUGGUGGGGAGGAUUUCUGAAAAUCAGAGUUCUCUUAUAAACAUUAUUUCAAUUUUAGUCAGAAGUUUGCAGCACA